UCUCUGAGCCCAUCCAAGACUCGCAAGCCAAACUCACUAAUCAUACACGUACGUGCUUAGCUUAAGCCCUUCCGGCGAAGUCAAGUGCAAUGGCGUCGUCCAGCAAGCCCUGCGCCGCCUCCGUCCUCCUCCUGCUGCUGGCCCUCGCCGUCGCCACGGCGGCCGACGCGGCGAAGAAGAGCAUCGCGUCGGAGCCCAAGCACAUCUUCUCGAGGCCGUCGGGACCCAUCAUCUCGAGGCCGGCGGCGAAGGACAUCAUCGCGUCGGAGCCCACCAUCCCGAGGCCGGCGGCGGUGGACGUGUCGGCGACGUGCAUGGGGUCGCUGCUGGAGCUGAGCCCGUGCCUGGCCUUCUUCAGGGACGCGGGCACGUCCAAGGCGCCGGCGGGGUGCUGCAAGGGCCUGGGCACCAUCGUCCGAGACCAGCCGGCGUGCCUGUGCCACAUCUUCAACCACACCCUGGAGCGGGCCAUCGGCGUCGGCAUCCCCGUCAACCGCGCGCUCGCCCUCAUCCGCGACGUCUGCGGCCUCACGCCGCCCAAGGUUGCCAGCUGCGCCAACGCCGGCGCCGUGCCGCCGCUGUACGUGUGCCCGGCGCCAUCGGCCUGAUCUCUGCCUAUCCAGGAGGAGAUGCGUGAGUAAAAGAUGGCAGCGCCUCUUCCAAGUCGACCAAGGACGAUGCAUGCAUAAGAAUGCAGCUUAUUACAGAUACUCUCCAUACUAAUUGGAGUUUCGAAUUAACGACACAUGCCAUGGAUAUGAUACUAGCUACCAGAUCGAUCCUGGGCAUAAUGCCAGUACUGUGGUCACAAAAGUAUGUACUUGUCUCCACGCAUAAUGAUAAAUGAAUAAGAAAAAAAAGUAUAUAAUAUCUUCAA